UAAAUUUUCAUUUAUUAAACAAUGUUAAGUAUGAAAAGCUAGUGAAAUUUAAUAGAAAGUAAAUGAAAUAACUUGAACUAGAUGUGGAAAAAGAUUUAUUAUUAUAAAUUCUUAAUAUUACAAUGCUUUUCAACAUUUUAAUCUUCUGGUUUAUCAGGUGGUGGUCCGCAUGGCUGUAGCAUUUUUUCCAUCAAGUUAAACUUAACUCUAGCUUUGGCUUCGUUUUCGCAUAUUCCAAUAUAGUUUAUCAAAUCGGGAUGGCCCAAAUAACUAGAGAAACUGUCUCUGUGCUGAUUUACCAACCAUUCAUAUUUUGUAGUGUCUGCAUGACCUGUUCCAAUAUAUUUUGAUUGAAGAUGUUCUAAUUGACUGUGAAUAUUAUAACGAUCGCCCAUAGUAUUACAAUUAUCGUUAAAAUAAACUUACAAUUUGCACCAAUUUCUAAUUUGAGUAGUUUUUGUUUGACAACAUGACAAAGUUAUAGGUUACUUUUCUUCUUCAUUAUUUUUGUACUGCGUUUACCAGUCGAAGAUAGUACGGACAUUUGGUCACCGAUUAGUUGUUAAAAACAGAAUACAAGUUUAGCUGAAUAACCCACAAAAAAUAUGAAAAUCAUGGAAUAGAUUUGUCUGAUGACAAGAGGCCAAAUAUUGAAGAACUAGAAGUGAAUGACUUAUGACAGUGACACUGAUCAGAAUGUUUAUUUCUUGUUUAUGUUGAUAUUAUUGAAUAAUUUUGAAAUUUUGUCCAUAUUCUUUUAGUUAAGUGGAACUUAAGUGUACAUAUUUUAAAAUUUAAAUAUUCAUGUUAACAUUUUCUUAGAUUACUUUUGCGCUCCCUAAGUGCAAGUUUCCGUUUUUACUAAAAAUAUAAUGACAUGUUUGAUGAUGGAUUACGAAUUCAAAAUGAAAACUCAAACUGAGAGAGUGAAGGUUGAGGAUCUGUUUGAUUAUGAAGGUUGUAAAGUUGGUCGAGGCACGUAUGGCCAUGUAUAUAAAGGGAGGCGAAAAGACGGAUCAGAAAACAAAGAUUAUGCCUUAAAACAAAUUGAAGGGACUGGGUUAUCAAUGUCUGCAUGCAGAGAAAUAGCAUUAUUGAGAGAAUUGAAACAUUCCAAUGUGAUAAAUCUAAUUCGAGUUUUUCUGUCUCAUAAUGAUAGAAAAGUUUGGCUUCUCUUUGAUUUUGCUGAACAUGAUUUGUGGCAUAUAAUAAAAUUUCAUAGAGCUGCUAAAGCUAACAAAAAACCUGUUAUGGUACCAAAAGGUAUGGUAAAAUCAUUGCUAUAUCAAAUUCUUGAUGGAAUUCACUAUCUCCAUUCUAAUUGGGUAUUACACAGAGACUUAAAGCCUGCAAAUAUACUUGUAAUGGGUGAAGGGCCAGAAAGAGGUAGGGUCAAAAUUGCUGAUAUGGGAUUUGCUAGACUGUUUAAUGCUCCUCUUAAACCUUUGGCUGAUUUGGAUCCUGUGGUGGUUACUUUUUGGUAUCGUGCUCCAGAACUUUUGCUUGGAGCUAGACAUUAUACAAAAGCUAUAGAUAUAUGGGCCAUUGGAUGCAUUUUUGCUGAAUUACUUACAUCUGAGCCAAUAUUUCACUGUCGUCAAGAAGAUAUUAAAACAAGUAAUCCUUAUCAUCAUGACCAGCUAGACAGGAUAUUUAAUGUCAUGGGAUUUCCACAUGAAAAAGACUGGGAAGAUAUUAAAAAGAUGCCUGAACAUCCCACUUUAUUAAAAGAUUUUAAAAAAGCAAAUUAUGUGAACUGUUCCUUAAUUAAAUAUAUGGAUAGACAUAAGAUAAAACCAGAUAGCAAAGCUUUUCAUUUAUUACAAAAAUUAUUACUGAUGGAUCCUAAUAAAAGAAUUACAUCAGAACAAGCAAUGCAAGACCCUUAUUUUGCAGAAGAUCCCUUACCAACACAAGAUGUUUUUGCAGGUUGCCCCAUACCGUACCCAAAAAGAGAAUUUUUGACUGAUGAUGAUCAAGAAGAAAAAUCAGAUACCAAGCGCCAGAACCAACAACAACAACAGCAGCAACAACAACAAGCAACACAGCAACAGCAAACUUCUCAACAACAAUCUAAUCAGCAAGAUAGCCAUAACUCUGCUAAAAGAGUUCGAUUAUCUGGGCCCCAAGGACAUCCUGGACAAGUGAGUCAACAGCAAAUGCCAAUGUCUCAACAGCAAGAAUUUCAUCAGCAACAAAUGAUGUAUAACAAUGGAUCACAGCAGCAACAACAGCAAAAUUUUCAACAGAGAUUUUGACUCGCAAAAUGUUUAUUAUAGAUACUAGGUUUUAUUUUUUAAUAAGUUGUAAAAUUAAAAUAAAAUUAUUUAAGA